AUUUCAGAUAUAUUUGAUGUGAUCAUCGACAAAAUGGAAAGUAAUACGUUCAAGAGUGACAAUAUAAAAAGUAUCAUCACUUUAUACGAAGCGUCGUUUCUCUCCACGAAAACGGAUACUAAAUUGCAUAAAGUCAUCAGACCUUUUGCAACAGAACAAAUAAGAAAAUACGUUGAUGAUGAAAGUGAAACUUACAACAUUAAGGUACGUGAGAUGGCAAUCCAUGCGUUAGAAAUACCGUACCAUUGGAGAAUGAGAAGGCUAGAGACAAGAUGGUACAUAGAUGAAUACGAGAAGAAACAUGACAUGAAUCCUUUUUUGGCCGAAUUCGCCAAAAUCGAUUUCAAUAUCGUACAAAGUGCUCAUCAAGAAGAUGUCAAAUACGUUUCCUGUUGGUGGAAGGAAACAGGUUUGGGUAGUCAACUUCCCUUUGUAAGAGACAGAAUUGUUGAGAAUUAUUUUUGGACCGUUGGAAUGAUAUACGAACCACAAUUUGGAUAUAUCCGACGGAUCGUGGCUAUAGUUGCUGCACUAAUUACAGUUAUCGAUGACAUCUACGAUAUCUAUGGUACUCCUGAAGAACUUGAGCUCUUCACUGCUAUGGUUGAAAAUUGGGAUGUAAAUCGUCUCGAUGAACUCCCCGAAUACAUGAAGUUGUGUUUUCUAACAUUGUACAAUGAAAUCAAUGCCAUGGGAUGUGAUGUUCUCAAAAAUAAAAAUAUUGACGUCAUACCUUAUUUCAAAAAAUCGUGGGCAGAUUUAUGUAAAGCAUAUCUAGCGGAAGCAAAGUGGUACAAAGGAGGAUGCAAACCAAGCUUGGAAGAAUACAUGCAAAAUGCUUGGAUUUCAAUUUCUGCUCCAGUAAUGUUAAUCCACAGUUACUGUGCUUUAUCUGACCAAAUCUCGGUUCAAAUUUUGGAGUCUUUGGUCCAAAAACGACAAGACGUCGUCCGAUGCUCUGCCACUGUGCUCCGUCUAGCUAAUGACCUUGCAACUUCGCCGGAUGAAUUGGCGAGAGGAGACGUUCUCAAAUCGGUCCAGUGUUACAUGCAUGAGACCGGAGUUUCGGAGGAAGAGGCACGCGCGCAUGUGAAGCAGAUGAUAAGUCACACGUGGGACGAGAUGAACUAUGAAGCACGAACGGCGGCGCGCAGUUCUUCCUUACUUUCUCGACGUUUUGUGGAAACUGCAAUGAAUUUGGCACGCAUGUCGCAAUGCAUGUAUCAACAUGGCGAUGGUCAUGGCUGUCCUGACAAAGCCAAGAUCGUUGAUCGUGUCCAAACCUUGCUCGUUGAUCCAAUCCCAUUAGAUUAAAUUACACUAUAAUAAGUUUUAAUAGUAACAAAACAAGUUAUAUUAUAUUUUGUAUGGGAUGUUGGAUUACGAAACUGAUUUGAAAUAAAAGUAUCGAUUUUCA